AGCUUAUAAAUUACAAGGUGACAGUCUUGUCAUACGCUACACUCAUUGACUGCUGCUGUACGCGAGAGCCUGUUAUCCCGGACCCAGACAGUACUGUAACAAAUCGAAUCUAGUCAUGUACGCCUGCGCCAAAUUUGUCACCUCACCUGCUGUGCUGCGCGGAGGUUCCAGAAUCCUCGCCAGACCCGUCUCAGUCUCCAUCUUCAACAGACCUGAAGCCAGAAGUGAGCAACAGGCCUUGUUGCCAGCCUGUGACUCCUCCGUGCUGAGCCUGGCCCGGGGCUUCCAGACCAGCGCUGUGUCCAGGGACAUCGACACCGCGGCCAAGUUCAUCGGCGCCGGAGCAGCCACGGUGGGAGUGGCCGGAUCAGGGGCUGGGAUCGGAACCGUGUUCGGCAGUCUUAUCAUUGGCUAUGCCAGGAACCCAUCUCUGAAGCAGCAGCUGUUCUCCUAUGCUAUCCUGGGCUUUGCCUUGUCUGAAGCUAUGGGUCUGUUCUGUCUGAUGGUGGCCUUCCUUAUCCUGUUUGCCAUGUAACCAGACAUGCUGUACACUAACCCCCACCCCCCACCAAUAGUCACCUCACUCCUCCGCCAGGGAAACCGGAACUCUGAUGUGCUGACCUGCUGCACAGCCCAUUCCAAUCAAGAAACGACUAUAAAAUCUACCUUUUUAUGUUUCUCUUUGUUUUUGUUUUUCCAGAAGUUUAACGUAAGAUCUCACUUCGGUUUAGACGGUCUGUCUGAAUAAAUGGUUGGGAUAA